AUGGGUUUCUCUCAUCUGGGAUUAUUUGUCUGUGCUUGCCAUGUGCUUGUUCUAGGAGCUUUUGCUUCUGCUUCAUCCAGAAAUUUACCAAUCAUAUCCUUUGAUGAAGGGUAUAACAAGCUUUUUGGAGACGACAACCUCAUGAUCGUUAGAGAUGGGAAAUCCGUUCAUCUCUCACUGGACGAACGGACAGGGUCUGGAUUUGUUUCUCAGGACCUCUACCAUCAUGGAUUUUUCAGUGCUUCCAUUAAGUUGCCCGCUGAUUAUGCUGCUGGAGUUGUUGUUGCCUUUUAUAUGUCAAAUGGUGACAUGUUUCCGAAGAACCAUGACGAAAUUGAUUUUGAGUUUUUGGGGAAUAUACGAGGCAAAGAAUGGAGGAUUCAGACCAAUGUUUACGGCAAUGGAAGCACCAGCACCGGCAGAGAAGAGAGAUGCAAUCUCUGGUUUGAUCCUUCGGAUGAUUUCCAUCAGUACAGUAUUCUCUGGACUGACUCUCAGAUCAUAUUUUACGUGGACGAUGUUCCCAUUAGAGAGGUUAAGAGAACAGAAUCUAUGGGUGGUGACUUUCCCUCUAAGCCAAUGUCAUUGUAUGCCACAAUAUGGGAUGGAUCUGAUUGGGCUACCAAUGGUGGAAAAUACAGAGUGAAUUACAAGUAUGCCCCGUAUUUGGCCCAGUUCUCUGACCUUGUUCUACACGGCUGUGCAGUUGAUCCAAUUGAACAGUUAUCAAAGAAGUGUGAUAACACCCAAAGUUCUGAAUCGGUACCUACUGGUGUUACACGCCUACAAAGAAUUAAAAUGGAUAGUUUCAGGAAGAAGCACAUGACAUACUCCUACUGCUAUGACAGAAUCCGAUACAAGUCUCCUCCUCCAGAGUGUGUGAUUAAUCCCCAAGAAGCUGAAAGGCUGCGAGUGUUUGACCCCGUCACAUUCGGGAAAGGUAGACGCCACCAUGGAAAGCAUCACCACCGGACCAGAGGAAGCCAGGCAGAGGCCACUUCUAUAUGA